AGGGGUGCCAUUCAAUAAAUAAGAUGUUAAUGUCUUUACGAGAUGACGAUCAUAUAACCUUCUUCCAGUCACUAGGAGCAUUUGAAGUGAUCAGUACAGCGGCUACGUUUACCGGUUGUACAGUAGCCAUGAUCGCCAUGUUACACCAACAACCCCUGGCUAUGCUCGUCGCUGGCUUUACCAUGUUAUUCUCAGGUCUCUUUAUGCUGGUAGGGCAUCUCAUGAUGCUGACGGCUCACCAAGAGACCGGCGACAUGGACAACGUCUCGCUGGUCGGCACUCUCUUCAAGGACGCGACGUCGUCGAACUACGGCUGGUCCUUCGUGGUCGCCUGGAUAUCCUUCGUCCUGUGCGUCACCGCGGGCAUCACCGAUUUCCUCGUCUACCGCAACUUCCGAAAGAUCACCGACGAGCUACACAACACGCCCUCUCGCGUCAAGUACAUGCAAAGACAAACACCCGUCAGCAUUGGUCCCACGAUAUGAGAACUGGACUAUUCGUUGUAUAGGAAUUCAUAGCCAUACAUGGCCGGUAUUUUUUAUCAGAUUUGGUCGACCUUUGUAUUUUUGAUAAAUAGACUGACCUAGAUUGAUUACCAUGGCAAUCAGAAAACGUCGUGAAUUUUCUAGCUUAUGAGCAUCUCUGUUAUGAACAUGUGAAACUUUUUCUAUGCGGAGCAUAAUGAGAAACAGCGCUGUAAAGAGUAAUUUUGUGAAAUGUCGACACCAUUUUUCGUAAAGAGGAGCAGCCUAGCGGACUUCAUCAAAUUGAAUCGAAGACGUCCAACAUGUCCAAUAGUUGAUUUAAGCUCUCACUCUCGGUGGAUUAUGAACAGGGAGCUCUAUAUAUUUGAGAAACUACAAUGUAAAAUCCAUCGGACCUAGGGUUUAAUUAUAUUUUUGACCAUUGACUAUAAUGAGGACACUUACUAAACAGGACAGACUGUCUGCGUACGGUCUACUCGAGAGAAGGGUUAGCUAAAAAAAAAUUAAGUGCCUUAUCAGACCGCAAAGGGCAAAUUAAAGUGAAGAAACGAAUACGGUUGAUGGAUAAGAUAGAGUCAUAUUUCAUUGGACGACCGUAUUCUACAAGACUCGUUAUCCUGCUUCAAUAAAAGAUCCACUGUGACAGUAAAGUAGGCAUCUUCAUAAACUUAUUUGAUUAGCACUGCACUGAUAGCCAUCGUUGUCAUAACCAGGUGGGUCCAGGAUUAUAUAAACAAAAAUAUUUAAAAAAAAAAAGGGGGGGGGGGGAGCCACGAAUAUCUCCAAAAAGCUGUGUACUUAAAGAUAAAGACCAGUUAUGGUCAUGCGAUAGCAUUGUGAAAGAAACGUUGUGGAAUCGAUCAGAAAAGGUUGACCAUCUAGCAUAUAAG